AAGGUGGUAAGCUAUCUGACCUAAAGCCUGAUCUGGCUAAACAAUGGGCUAGCCAAUUGCGGAAUAUGAGGCAAAAGCUGAUUCUGGCCAUUACAAAAAAAUUAUCAGGAUAUCGGCACCAUUCUGGUGCGAUUGAAAAAAUUUUAAAACAACAUCAUAAGACGCAGCGUCGGACAGCAACAAUAAAUGCUGAUCCAAAAUUAAAGGCCUACAAUCGUGCAAGAAUGGUGAAAAAUAGUAAGGUGAAUGAG